CAUUUUCGGCACAAUUGCUCCGAACUGUUUCACGAAACCUCCUUUUGUUCUACAUUAACAAACAGAGAUUUUUUUCUGUCGCAUCUUCUAACAUUGAGCUUCAAAUCUUUUUUUACGUGGUUUUGAACCAAUCCGCAAUAUUACUAAUACGAAAUACCGUUUCCUUCAAAUAUUCGAAAUAAACUUUAUAUAAAAGAUAUCUGGCACCCUGACUAUAUCGACAGACCUAACCUAGCUGGUAAAUGUAGCGAUGACAGCCAGUUGUGGUGUCUUUUGAAAAGGAGCACAUGGUACCUAGGUAUGCUAACUAGGUGGUUUACAGCACGAACACCUUGGAGACUGCUGCAGCCUUUGGAGAGGGUGCAUUUCUCCAGAUUUAGAAUUUCUGGAAUAGCAGAACAGGUGCAAAAUGUCCCUUGCUCUGGGUUCAAGUGUUUUCCAAAUCUCUUGACUCUCAGAGCCUCGUCAUGUAACCUUCACACAGACCACAAAAAGACUCAUACCAUUACAAUCCAUCAUUCGAGAACCUCUGGACUUCACACAAAAACACUUAAAGGACCACUCAUUUUUCACACUGAAACACCACCUGUCCUAAGUAUGAUACCCAAAACAUGGAGUAUACAUAUUAAGCAGUCAACCACAACAUCCACCAGACCUGUGCUGAAGCAAGGAAGCAUACCAAGCAAAAGGACAUUAAAGGGACCAAGGACGAAACAGCCAUCCAGAACCAAUCUACCUUCCCCAGAAGAGGAUAUGAUGCAAUGUAUUGCCUAUGCAACUGCGGAUCAAUACCAUCUACCUAGUCUUUGCCAUGAUCUAAUGGCCAAUGGCUUUUUUGAAAUUAAAGACCUGCCAAGAGAUGCUGCUAAUGUCCUGGUGAUUGGAACAGAGAAGGCAUCAAAACCAAGUGACACUGCUAUGAUGUUUUUCUUCAGGGAAGGCUCGGCUGUGUUCUGGAAUGUUGAUGAGAAAACUAUAAAGAAAGUAAUGAGAAUAUUGGAGCAACAUGAGAUUCAGCCCUAUGAGGUAGCCUUGGCCCACUGGGAAAAUGAAGAGAUCAAUUACACAGUGGGAAAUGGAAAUUCAAAGCUGCAUCGGGGAAACUUCAUAUUUAAUAGUGAGAUGGACUACAAGCAAGGACUUUUGGAAAAAUUUGCAUUUUCCAAUGCUUUGUCUCUGUCAGUUAAGCUAGCAAUAUGGGAAGUCUCUCUGGAUAACUUUGUGGAAUCCAUCCAGUCAAUUCCUGAGACACUGAAAUCUGGAAAAGCAGUUAAACUGUCCAGAGCAGAGGUCUUGCAGAAAAUAGGUGAACUGUUUACACUGAGGCAUUGCAUAAACCUCAGUUCUGAUCUUCUGAUCACCCCUGAUUUCUACUGGGACAGAGAGGACCUGGAGCAGCUGUAUGACAAAACCUGUCAGUUUCUCAGUAUCAAUCGUAGGGUCAAGGUGGUGAAUGAGAAACUGCAACACUGCACUGAGCUGACAGACCUGAUGAGGAAUCAUCUGAGUGAGAAGCAUAGUCUGCGCCUGGAGUGGAUGAUUGUGAUCCUUAUCACUAUUGAGGUGUUGUUUGAACUCGCACGCGUCAUCUGAGGAGGCAGGAGAUCCACUCUUUGAGGAAAAUAAUGUGACUGCCAAUGUGAAACUAUCAAGCCAAUGAAACACUUCAAACAACAAAAAAGUUUGUUUAGAUUUCAUAGAUUAACUGAAUCUUUUUAUGUGUCUGAUCAGUAAUGUCUAUGUAUUAAUAUAGGUUUUAAUGCCAAGUAUCAUAAGUGCUGUUAUUUGGUUAUUAUAGUUGUAUUAUUUGUAGUCUUCAGGAAGUAAAUAUAGUGCUCCAAUAGUUAAGUAAAUAUUUUCCCUGCAGGCAAAUAAGAAAAAAUAAUGUGGUCAUUCAGCUAUUACAGCUUUAUAUAAAUCAGUUAGCAAACAGCAUAUGAUCAUAUUUUCCAUUAAAGCAUUAUAUUAAGGUGGCCUGUGUGUGGGCCCUGUUACUGGCAUUUUCUUAAAUGCAUAUUAUUAAUAUCCCAUUGUAUCCUGACAGAUCUAAAAGGCUUGUUCCAGUGUAACACAACUAGUAUUUUGUUUUAUCAUUGCACUUGAAACAUACUGAUUAAAACCAUGCUCUGAAUUAAAGUCUUAAAGUCUGAAUUAAAGUUCCAUUGACUUUA